GCCACCUCUACACUCCAUAGACAACAUUGAAUCCCUUCAUCCUGCUUAUGGUCGGAAAGGCGAAGAAGCUUCCGAUGCAGAAGCCGCUCUUGAAGCAUUACGCGCAGCCAUCAAUUCCAAUAUUGAUGAUGAAUUUCCUCCCUCUCAUCCGGCUUCACCACCGGGGACAGUCGCAGAGGCCGAGGCACGACAUCAUGUCGGAUCUGUGGCUGUGAAGAUCGUUCAGAAAGUGGAAGAAUUAAGUAGGUCGAUAGAAGAAACGGGAGAGAUGUUGCAGAAUAUGGAAAGACACAGGAAUCUGCUUUUACAGAGUAAUAAAAGACAGAUGGAUAUCGUCAAACAGAUCUUAUCUGAUUUGACUGAUAAUGAUGGUCAAGCGUUCAUAGACCCGACCUUGUACCUUCCUUCCAGAGCCGAUUUUGACGAUCUACAAGCCCGCUACGACGCUUUGGUCGCUACUCAACCAGGUCACAAAAAGAAGAAGUCAAAGAAAGAAACUCAGAAAAUUGUAGAACUUCCACCUGCGGAGAGCAUUACACCUCCGAUUGACGGACGCACACCGAGCGGGAGGAAGAAACGAUCUUUGAAAUUAGAGCAUCUAGUACACAAAAUGGCAAAUCGCCGUCUUGGUGUCGAAUACCUUAUCACUCAUUUCGAAGCAAGAGGCACUCGUGAUCUUCCCCCUCCAGGAUCUGUUCCCCCUUCCGCCGAAGAAUCUAUCAACCAGGUGCAGGAAUUCCGUCCUGAUUUCCGAGCUGAUGUGGCUCAUCCGUCCGUUCGCCCCUUCUUAGAUCAAGUUUGGGAGGAUGUGGUUUACGACUGGGAAAAUGGGGUGGG